AUGUUGGCGCAGGCCAAUCUCAUCAGCGCGGCCAAGUUCGCCGUGCCGCUGGUGAUAUUCGUCUGGACAUUCGUCUACAUGACGUCGUCGUCACCGCGCGCGACCUACGGCCAGGUCAUGCGCAAGUUCAAGGACCAGCGCACCCUGUUCGUGUCCGACUUCCUCGAGAACGAGAUCGACGGCCCGUUCGACGGCAAGCCCAUCGAGGCCAUGUGUGCCUCUAAGACGUGGAACCGCGACUGGAUCCUGCAGUGCGACGCGGUGCCCGAGGGCGUUGGCACCGUCAGGAACGGACACCUUCAGUGCAUCCGCCUGGCUAUCGAGUUGGGAGCCAGCGGCUUGAUCCUCCCCGAGAUAAUCCAGCGGUCCGAGCACGACAUCGCCAAAGCGGUCCCCAACUCCAAGGGCCCGGUACGCGGCGUCUCUCUCGACUACUUCUUCGACAAGGAGCACUUGACGACUAGCCUGGGGCGGCUGUGUCCGCAGAUGAAGCUCUAUUCGUCCAUAAACGACCUGGCCAACGUCCCGUCGGUUUUGAACGGCAUCAAGCUCGAAAUCCCAAAGGCGUUUGCUUCCAAGGCGGUUGUUCCCAUUUCGCUGGUCCACGGCACCGUCGUAGCCGACGUACAAAAGCUAUCCCAGGCCGUCAGGGCGCAUAUCAAGUCCAAGGACGACGCCAAGCUGCGUCCGCUCAAGAUGCAGCUCCCAUGGGCGGCUUUUUGGUAUCCCGUGGCGUCAGACCCGCCCGAGUUCGUGGCCAGCUUCGGGCGUCUCCUGCGCGUGCGGGCCGACGCCCGCCGCCUGGCCGCCGAGACGCUGUUUGCUCUGCGCGCCAGCUACGGCCUGGACCUGGACCCGAGGAGAGCGCGGCCGUCCGGGUCCGGGCCUGAGACGGGCGGGGCGCUCACCAAGUCCUUCAUGGGAGUGCGGCUGCGCACCGACCGCGACAUCCAGGUCAAGUCCCCGCCGUGGCCGUCGUACGUGGACCAGGCGCCUCACUUCCUCGGGCUCAUGGCGGAGCGCAAGGCACCCGUCAUGUACCUGGCGCAGGGCGCGUCGGCCGCCAACGAGACGUCACUCAAGGCGCGCGGGGAGGACCUGGGCGCGACCGUGGUGACCAAGUGGGACCUGCUCGAGGGCGCGGGGCUGCAGGCCGAGGUGCAGGCGCUCCACGCGCUCAGCUGGGACCAGCAGUCGCUCGUCGACUACGAGGUCAUGCUGCGCGCGGGCCUGGUGGCGGGCAUCGCGCACUCGAGCUUUGCGUGGAACCUGGCGGCGCGCCGGAGAGUGGCGUAUGGCGUUGCUCACAAGGCGCUCGGCAUCAACGCGUCGCGCGCCGAGACGCUGCAGCUUCCGAAGGGGAACGUCCAGUACCAGGACUCGCAUACCGUCAUCUUCAGAGCCGGGACUGGCAUGACGGCGCCCAAGAACGCCGAAGCCAUGGAGCUUACCAUUUGGCCAUGA